AUGCAAAUAGGAAUUUCAGAUUUAUCAAGAACUGUAACAGCAACUGAACUUUCAAAAUCGGCAUUUUCACAAGCCAACACUAUUAUGAAUUUUAAUGGAUCCAAUCCGUUUUUCGGACAUAUUCCUGGACCACCAAAUGGAUGUCAUCGGGUUUAUCAAGGCAUGAGUUCAUUGAAUCAAAAUGCGAUGCCAAAUAGAGCGCCACCGCCUUAUUUCUUCAGACAAUCAAGUUUGCCCAAUGAUCCGGCUCCAAUGCAUCACUGGGGAGGAGGACACGGAAUUAUGAGACUUUCCCGUCAAUGGUCGUCAGGAUAUGAGUCACAUCAUCGAGGACUAAUACCCCUUGGUCAUCAUGGACAUCCAUCAAGCCACGGAUUUGGGCGUCAUGGUAGAUUCUUUCAUCCGUAUCAUGUUCCUACUAGGUUGCCCAAUCCGAUCAGAAACUUUGCUCCAGGAGGAUAUCCUCGUCUGUCAGGAAAUGAUAAUCUGCAAAGGUUCUUCAAUCCCAUCGAUCGCAAUGUUCCUGGCGGAUUCCCCGCUCCCACUCGACACAAUUUGCCAAGCCGGUUUUCAAAUACGAAUGGACACUAUGGUCCGAUAAGAUCAAAUCAUUUUAGUAAUCACAGAGGAUCAUCAACCACAACCAGAAACAAUCUUUCAAAUGAAGUCCAUGCUCAAAAUGAAAUCUCUAACCGUCAAAAUGCUCAUAUUACUCAAAGAGUAGGGAUUGACCAUCGAUCACGGAGCUUUAUUCCUUGGAAAGAUCAACUAGGAGGAAAACAUCAGAAAAGGAGUAGCAAGGAAUCCAAGCUAGACGCUUCAGUGGAACCAGCAUUUUUGGAAGAAGCUCCUCCUAAAGAAACCCCAAAAUAUGUGGAACCUAGAGACGAAGAAUUCGAAAAGUCGCUGCUGGAAUAUGCGAAUCGAGAGUUUUUCAACCCGGAAUCAUUGUUCAACAACUUUGAAGUCUCCGGACACAGUUUGUAUUUGGAUCAGCCGAUGAACUACGAAGAAGAAAGCGUAACAGCUCAAUUGGAUGACGACACGCUUAGAAAUGUUGGAGCACCGGCGUUCAAUUAUGGAUAUGGAGGCUUCCCUAUACCUUCACUUCCGGAAAACGAGGAUAUUGAAUAUCACGAAGAAGAAACCAAAUGGAUUAGAAAACGAGAUAUAGAGAAGAAACAAAAAUUGACAGAAUAUAAGAAAAUUUUGAUGGGAACAGUUGAUAGACUUCAGAUGGAAGUAAACAAAAAACGGUCAGAGAUUGAAGAAAUCAUUGAAAAUACCGAAAAACAAACGAGAGAUGAUGCGAGAUUGUUGGAGAGAAAAUCUAUAUAUUUCUUUGUUGAAGAAACAGACGCCCAGAAAAAGGACAGAAAAUGGAGAUCCAAAUUUCUCUCUCAUUUUGGUAAUGUAAAAGACUUACCACUGGAUCAGCUCAUGGUCAGGCUUAAAAACGCCCUCCGGGAAAAAAAGCAACUUCAGAAAAGGCGUGAGUCAAAGGAAAUCAUUAAAAAAGUGGAAGAAGAUAUAAGAGUGGCAGAAAAAUUUUUGGGCAGAGCUUCUACGUAUUUCAUUGCUGAACAAGAACUAGAACGAGCUUCCAGGGAAAUGAGAUCAAUUAUCCAAUUUGAUAACAAGCUGAAACGUCGCCUGAAUGAGAGAGAUACACUUUGGAAGGAGAUCAUGGAAAAGAACUGUGUGAAAACAACCUUGAAUCACCAGUUCACCGAUGUGCUGAAUAUGGAGAAAGACACAGAGCAAUGGAGACCGAGUAAAGUUGUCUCAAUCCCAUGGAUCUUUCGACUUGCUAAAUCAUCAUCCACUGCUCAUUAUCAAUUAACUGUCGAUUUCAAGCCUCUUGUUCCAGUUGCAUCCGGAUUCAUUGCAACUGUCCGUCCUACCAUAGGAACAAAAAAACUGUCCAUUUCCAAGUUCGAAUAUUUUGGGGAUAAAGGCAAUUCUGCAACAGUUUUUGAAAUGACGUUUAGAGAAGAAGAAAUUGAAAAAUAUUUGGAUGACGGUCAUCUCUUUGUGAAGCUCAAAGUUUGUGUCAAAUCAGGAAAUGAUUUGAGAGAGCGAUUGGAAUUCAACAAAUCUGAAGACAGAGAUACAUGUGUUAUAGUUGAAGACCAGCGUUUUUAUGUUUCAAAAAGGGAACUCGCAUCUUUCUCUCCAGUGUUUGACAGAAUGUUUUUCGGAGGAUUUGUAGAAUCAAAGAAAUCAGAAAUUACCUCAAAAGGCAUAUUUGCCUCAGAUUUUCAUGAUUUCCUUGUAUUCUGCGUGAAUGGAGGAAGACUCGAGAAUGAUACUGUUCGAGGAAUCGCAGAUAUCGCAGAAAUGUAUGAUAUCGAGGCUGUUCGGUUAUGUGCAUCAACUUCAUUUCACAGAAUCAAACAACUAUGUCCGCCAACAAUGAUUUGUUCAAAGUUUUGA